AUGCGCACAGCGGACUCGGAGUCCAUCCGCUGUGCACUGCAGGGGUUUGCCGUGCCGGACACGUGGACCCCUUUCGCGCGCACCCAGGCUGGCGAUGGCGGCAUCCUGGGGCAGGGCUCCUUCGGCAUCGUCUACGCGUGCGGCCGUUACGGCGCGGGCCCCGAGGAGCAGCUCGCGGUGAAGAUGGUCGACAAGGUGGAGAUGCCAGAGUCCGAGAUCCGGCGGGAGGCGGAGCUGCAGCUGCGGCUGAGCCACCCGAACAUCGUCAGGGUCCACCAGGUGUUCUUCGAGAAGUGCUUCGUCUGCAUCUUGAUGGACGUUUGCAGGGGAGGGGACCUCAUCGGGGCCAUGGAGAGCCACUGGGAGCAGGCCGGAGGGAUCAACAGCAGAGAUGUGGUCCACAUCUGCCGGCAGAUGGCCGUUGCGGUCGACUACCUGUGCGCGCAGGGCAUCGUGCACCGCGACAUCAAGGGCGACAACUUCCUGCUGGACAGGCCGCUGCUCUCCGAUCCGGGCUGCUGGGUGGCGCUGGGCGACUUCGGCACCGCGUGCGAGGUGCAGCCUGGGGAGCGGCUCUGGUCCCGCGUGGGCACCAGGAACCACUGGGCCCCAGAGGUGUUCCGCGCGGACUACGGCUUCAAGCCGCCCAGGGUCGGUCAGUCGUAG